CAACUCAGCGCAUCGAGGGACCCCCGAUACAGAUACUUCUUCUGUAAACCAUGGCUCAGACCUCCGGAGAUGCCCUGCCAACCUAUGACAUCGAUAAUUCCCAGACAUCAAAGCUGAUAAGGAAGUCAAAGGAGUCUCCGUUUGUGCCAAUAGGAAUGGCCGGAUUUGCUGCAGUGGUAGCCUAUGGGCUAUUCAAACUGAAGAGCAGAGGGAACACAAAGAUGUCCGUCCAUCUGAUUCACAUGCGUGUUGCAGCCCAGGGAUUCGUUGUAGGAGCCAUGACUUGCGGUGUCAUUUACUCCAUGUACAAGGAGUACCUCGCCAAGCCAUCCGACCACUGAGGAAGCUGCCAGUCUGGACUCCAUGAUGACAUAUCAGAUAAACCCCAUAUUGGGGCUGUGCUUUUAUUCUCUUCACAUAUCGCACCUUCUCUGGGGGCCCGCAGGGGAUUGUGGGACCCCCAGAGCUCAACCAUAAGAUUUCUCUUCUUUAUAUUUUAUUUUUUUAAUUUAAUCCAGUUCUGUAGGACAUAGAGUGAGAAGACCAACACCACGGACUUUCUGGAAUUUCUAUGUACUGUUUAGAAACCAUAUUUAUUUUUUUAAGUGUAUAUAAAUACAAUUUUAGGAUGAUGUUAUUACAGUAAUACGGUUGGUUGUUAGUAGAGAUGCACCGAAUCCAGGAUUUGUUGCAGGAUUCGGACUCAGCCGAACCGAAUCCUUAAUCAUGUGACUUUUUGUCUCUUUAACCCUUUCGGCCAAACCUUUCGAAAAAGGGUUCGGCCGGAUCUGAAAAUAGUGGAACCGGUGCAUCCCUAGUUGUUGGAUCAUCCAAUCCUUUUCCUGAUAUAAUAUUAUUUAUCAGUUGUGUUCUGUUGGAGCAGAACUCAUCCACAUACAAUCCACCCGGAAAUCCUAUGUUAGCCCACCCAUGUUGUUGUUCUGUCAAAUAAUAGUACAGGAAUGUGGGUGCUGUUACAAAAUGUGUGAUAUUAAAAAUAACAUAUCUAUUCUGCUAAA